AUGGAUUCUUCGAAUGGUCUUCGUUGUGGCACUAGCUUCUACGCUGCAAAUGAGCACCGUCUAUGCAUGGCUCUGGAUCUGAUACACCCGCGCCCCCGAUCACACCAGGAAAACCAAGGCUUCGCGUAUGCUAAACCGGAAAUUGCAGAGGAGCGCAAGGGCCAAUUCAUCAGCGUCAGUAAACUGAUUCUUUUAAAUCCUCUCUGGUCCCUGGUGACGGACGACAUGUAUCUCUUGCCGAAACUUGGUAUAGUCAAUCAGAACCCCGACAACGUCUAUAAAAGUCGCGAGGAACAAUCCCCUCCGUACCCAGAACAACUUCCCCCUCCGUACCCGGAAAAGCGGCCCCCUUCCCACACAGAACGACCUAUUCUGCACGUACCCCCUGCACAACCCGCGAAUUUGCAAAAUCCGAUCGUCUUCUUCAAACAGGAGGCAUUCCCCGGUACUGUUGCAAUGCGAGUGCCCAAAACUAAAAUUGAGGAAUGGGGAAUUAAGGCAAUGUGUUACGAAAGUGAGAAUCCACUGAGCUACAGUUUCUGUUUGAUGGUCGACUCAUUUCGGUUAAACCUCAUCUAG